AUGACGAUGAAGUAUCUAAUCAUGCUUCCCAUUUUCCUCUGCUUGAUAAGCUCAAACUUGUUGAUUUGUUCUUCGAAACCAGAAGAGGACGACGAUCUCAGUUUCCUGCAGCAGCAGCAGCAGGAGAAUGAAGCCGUACCGUCGCAGGAUGCGCUUCAUUACGGCCACGACUACGAAAACUACGAUGAUCUGGAGGACGACGACGACUUGUCGGCCUACGCCGACGACGAGGAGGACGGAGGCUAUGGUGCGCCUGAGGUGGACGAGAGCCACGUGGUAGUGCUGAAGGGAUCCAACUUCAGUGAGUUCAUCGAGAGGAACAGGUUCGCGAUGGUGGAGUUCUACGCCCCGUGGUGCGGCCACUGCCAGGCUCUCGCGCCGGAAUACGCCGCAGCGGCGGAGGAGUUGAAGGAAGAGGCGGUGGCUCUUGCAAAGGUCGAUGCCUCUGAGGAGGAGGAGCUGAGCCAGAAGUUCGAUGUGCAGGGGUUUCCCACGAUUUACUUUUUCGUGGAAGGGGUUCAUAAACCCUACACUGGUCAGCGAACUAAAGAUGCUAUUGUUACAUGGUUGAAGAAGAAGAUAGGCCCAGGUUUAUUUAAUAUAACAUCCAUUGAAGAAGCAGAGCAAAUCUUGGCCAAAGAGGACAAAGUUGUUCUGGGAUACUUAGAGAGUUUGGUGGGUUUGGACAGCGAGGAACUUGCUGCUGCUUCAAAACAGGAAGACGAUGUUACCUUUUACCAAACUACCAGUCCAGAUGUGGCAAAGCUUUUCCAAAUUGAUUCACAUGUCAAACGGCCAUCUUUGGUCAUUCUUAAAAAAGAAGCUGAAAAGUUUACUCAAUUCAGUGGUAGAUUUACAAAAUCUGCAAUUAGUGAAUUUGUGUUUGAAAAUAAGCUCACUCUUGUCACCAAUUUUACUCGGGAAAGUGCUCCAUUAGUGUUUGAGAAUCCAAUAAAGAAACAGCUGAUACUUUUUGCAACUUCUAGUGACUCAGAGAAAUUCUAUCCCAAUUUCCUGGAAGCAGCAAAGGCAUUCCGCGGAAAGCUUAUAUGUGUUUAUGUGGAAUUGGACAAUGAAGAUGUUGGGAAAGAGGUUUCGGAGUACUUUGGAGUGAGUCGAGAAGCUCCAAGUGUUCUUGCAUAUACAGGUAAUGAUGACUCAAGAAAAUUUCUAUUGGAUGGUGAAUUGACAGUUAAUAAUAUCAAGUCUUUUGGUGAGAAGUUUCUGAGUGACAAUCUCAAGCCUUUCUACAAAUCUGACCCUGUCCCAGAGAAUAAUGAUGGGGAUGUCAAGACUGUGGUUGGCAACAACUUUGAUGAUAUAGUUUUGGACGAGUCGAAAGAUGUUCUUCUUGAGAUAUAUGCUCCUUGGUGUGGGCAUUGCCAAGCCUUGGAGCCUAUAUAUAACAAGCUUGCCAAGCAUUUAAGAGGUAUUGAUUCUCUCGUUAUAGCUAAGAUGGAUGGCACUACAAAUGAACACCCACGAGCGAAGCCAGAUGGCUUCCCAACAAUUCUGUUCUUCCCAGCCGGGAACAAGAGUUUUGAUCCAAUCACUUUUGACUCGGAUCGAACAGUGGUGGCUUUCUACAAGUUCCUAAAGAAACAUGCAUCUAUUCCGUUUAAGCUCCAAAAGCCGGAAAAGAACACUGCUCCCAAAAUCACUAGUUCUAGCCAAGAAGACAGCACCAGCUUCAACGUUAAAGACGAAUUAUAA